ACGUCACCGGUAAUCAGUAACUGUUACUCAGUUACCGGCGUGUCAGAUGAACUUUACGAACGUUGAGAGACGAGCAUCACACAGAUCGUACAACAAUAACAGGACACAUCAUAGCAAGGGUCUAGCAAGCUUGCUCUUGGAUUAUGAAAAGAAAGGCGUUGAUAAUUGAAAUUUGUUUGGUUGUUUGCGGACUGGUUUGUCUAUCUUACGGAUGUAAAGACAGCUAUGCAAAAUGCAGGGAAUGGAAAAGUAGUGGAUUUUGUGCAAAGUCCAGUAGUUAUCACAAUUAUAUGAAAASUGUAUGUGCCAAAAGCUGCAAUUUUUGUCAGCCUGUAUGCCAAGAUCUCUCAAAYGGUUGUGCCGGAUGGAAAAAACAAGGAUAUUGCGACCCGAAUCACAAAUAUUUUAACAAUAUCAAAGAUCAUUGCAAAGUUACUUGUAACCUAUGUUCAGGAAUUCCAACCAAAGCACCGUCGACACGCCCAACAAGGCCGUUUGUGGUGACUGAAGAUUGUAAAGAUGUCUAUACGCGUCACUGUAGGACUUACAGAAUAAAAGGAUUCUGUGAACCAACUUCGGAAUAUUAUAAAUAUACUUUAGAGCUUUGUAGAAAAUCAUGUGGAUUUUGCGAAACCAAACGCAAAAAGCCAGAACCUAAACCAACACGAAAGACCAACGAAAAAGGGAUCAGGAAUGAUUGGGAAGGAUGUCAGAUAUCUAUUCCAGUUGGCAUCGAAAAUGGACAAAUUCCUGAUCGAGCGUUCAGUGCGACGUCAAACAGACGUACGCGUGGCUGGUACGCACCASCCUAYAGGGCAAGACUGAACGCCCAGGACAUACGGCGUCAUAGUACARGUUAUAUAGGAGCGUGGUGUGCAGAGAGAGCGAGUCCGACAGAAUUUCUACAGAUAGACCUCGGAAAGACAUCAAUCAUUACGCACAUACAGACCCAGUCGCGUUUCAAUAGCCAUGAAGCUAUCAGGUCGUACACCGUUUCCUACAGCAAUGAUGGCAGAACGUUUUACUCGUAUAACGAGAACAAAGACAUCGCCAAGGAGUUUCGUGGUAAUAAUGACAUGAAUGAAGUACRAACCAAUCGCAUUGCAUUUCCAUUUCCUGCAAGAUACGUAAGGAUUCACCCUGUAUCUUGGAGUUCUAUUUGUAUGAGGGUGGAGCUGUACACGUGCAGUAGAGGAACAACACAAGUUUCCAGCAGAAGCUGUAACGAUAGACAUCCUUUCUGUUCCGAGAUGGCCAAGAAUCGAGAGUGCCUUAGGAACAGUCAGUGGAUGAACAAAUACUGUCCAAAGAGUUGUCGUAAAUGUGGCUAUGAUACACGUUAUGACCGUCCUUCCAGUAAGCGAGNUUUUGACUGCGGUUUGAAAUAUACGAGAGGUAAUACUGGAGGAAGUGAAGUAAGAAGAGGUGAAUGGCCGUGGCAGGCGUCCUUGUACCUGCGUAAUGUGGGUCCAUAUUGUGGAGGUUCCCUUUUAUCAUCAGAGUGGGUAUUAACAGCUGCCCGCUGUUUUGCAAACAGAAAAAGCCCGAGAGAUUGGAAGAUAAUUUUAGGGAAAACUGACUUUUACCAAAACGAAGGUGGAGAACAGGAGUUCGAUAUUGCUUCGGGAGGGAUCGUAACUCAUCCGAAAUACCGAGGAACCAACGAAUAUGACGUCGCUCUUGUUCGGCUUUCUCGAAAGGCACGGCCGACUACUCGCGUAAACACCGUUUGUCCUGAUGAAGGUGAACCGGUUUUUCGACCAGGAAAAGAAUGCUUCGUCACCGGUUGGGGCAAUGUGAAUGAAGGAGGCAUUUUAUCAAGUAUUCUUCAACAGACUUCGGUUCCACUUGUCUCUGUAUCAUCUUGUGAACGCAAUCGUGAUUUCCGUUCAUACUUUAAGAGAGAGAACAUGAUGUGCGCUGGUCCUCAUGGUGCAGGGGGGAAUACUUGUGGGAUGGACACUGGUGGCCCUCUCGUUUGUCGAGGUCCCAGUGGACGAUGGAUUCAAGURGGUGUGGUCAGUUGGGGACACGAUUGUAGUCGAAGCGGUCAUUAUGGUGUUUAUCAAAGGGUGUAUCACUACGAACCAUGGAUCAAAAAGACUAUUGGCAUAGAUGAGGAGUUAGAACCUUGAUGUUCAAGAUUGAUAGAGAGCUUAGAACUCGACUGAAAAACAUACUUGAGUAGGAAGUAUAGCGGUUUAUUGUUGAUAGCAACUCGUACGUACGAUAAAGAAAGUUAUGCUGUACAUAAAUACACUUAGUUCAUAUGAAGUAGACUAUUGCGGUGCAGUCUUAUAGUGAUAAUAAAAUCACCCGCAAAUCGCUUUGUUUAGGGUUAUAAUUUAAUCUGAUAGGAAAAAAGAAAUAAAGACUUCAUCAAACAAAA